AGGGCGCUUCGCGGAGCGGGGAGCCGCCGCGGCCGGUGGCGGCCGCAACCUCAUCUUCUCGCCGCGCUCGCGCUGAUGUCGGCCGGCGCCUCGGCGACACGCUCGGCUAGGUCCUCGCCGUGGCCGGCGCGCCGUCGCGGGAGGAGCCCACGGCGUUCGUCGCGCGCGCCGUGGUGGGGCGCGUCCUCGCCGACCGCUCGGGCGUCGGCGGGCCGCACGUCGCGUUCGCGUGCGGCGCGUGGACGGACCGCCGGCGCCCGCUGAAGCCUGCGGCUUACCGGGACACCGUCGUCGAGACCUUCAAGGGGAGCGCGUCAGCCGUCAACUUUGUUGAUCAGAAGUGGAAUCAAGGAAGCAGAUCAAUGCGUGGGUAGCUGAGGCAACCAGGGGCCUCAUCACUGAGAUUGUCAACCCAUACGAGCAAUGCUCAAUGAUCACUGUGAACGUCGUUGUCAAUGCCAUCUACUUCAAGGGAGAGUGGAGCGACCCCUUCAAGAAGGAGAACACCAUCGACGGUGAGUUCCGCCGCCUUGACUGUAGCUCAAUCGAUGUGUCCUUCAUGCGGAGCUGGAGCCACCAGCAGAUCGCCUGCCAUGAAGGGUUCAAGGUGCUCAAGCUACCAUACAAGGUGAUGGACGAGGCCUUGCGGCCAGGGUUGAGCUGGAAGAAGUGGGAUAAGAUCCCCAAGUUCUGCAUGUGCGUCUUCCUCCCCGAUGCCAAUGACGGCCCGUGGAGCCUUGUUGAGAGGAUGGCAUCCUCCCCAGAGUUCCUACAUGUCCACCUACCUAUGAAGUCUGUCCCAGUCGGCAAGUUCUGGCUUCCAAGGUUCAAGCUGUCCUUUGGGGGCAGCAUCAUCGACGACCUUAAGAGCUUGGACCUCAUCCUGCCAUUUGACCCAUUCAUGGCGAGCAUGACCGAGAUGGUUAAGGACGAAGCGACAGAAGGGGGAAUGUACAUCGACAAUGUCAUCCACACGGCAGUGAUUGAGGUGAACGAGGAGGGCAGCGUGGCGGCAGCUAGCACGGAGUCAGAUGACGACAUGGGGUUCUCGUAAUAUGACGACUGUGUGCUGCCCAAGCCAGUGGAUUUUGUUGCCGACCACCCAUUUGCGUUUUUCAUCAUCGAGGAUACGUCGGGUGCGAUAGUAUUCGCAGGGCAUGUCCUUGAUCCAUCAACUGAGUAAGGAUUUAUUAGAAGAUGUUUGGCAGAAUACAACGAGAUUCACAAUGUCAGAUCAAAUGGAUGCAUGGUUUUAUGUGGCCUAUGAGAUUCUAGUUGUAGUCUUCUGAGAUUGUCUCUAUCUCAGCACUCUAUUGAAGUUGGUUCUUAUGAAAACAAAUUACCAAGGUUUACUGGCCAAACAUGUUAGUAUUAGAAUUUGUAGCGUUUGUCAGGACCUUAUAAUGCAAUCUAUUUUUUAAAGAAACAAGUAUUAGUAUCCAGGAGUCUUAGCGAUAAAUCCAGGAGUCUUAGCGGUCACUGCUGCUGGAGGCACCUAGGAACCAGUGAUACACUGCAUAGUAAAUUAGUAAUCAAAUCCUUGCGUUUGUUACUUACCAUUCUAAACACUUGCGGGUUCAGGCAAGUGUCGGUUAAUGCCAAACAUGGCAAGAAUUCCUGAAAUUGUACCUAUGUGAACCGUUUCUCUGUGAGGGUUUUACAAGGAUGAUGGAACUCUCAGGAUGUAUUUGAAAAGUCAAAGUUGUCUGGGAUUUCAUCAAGUAGUGAUGCAUGUUAGACUGCCA